AUGCCAUCUGUUAGUAAGUUCUGGUUGCCAUCGCCGCAAGAGUUUCAGAAGCACAUCCAAAUCGUCCCCAAGCCCGGCGAGCCCACAGUGCCGUUCCCACUCGUGAUAGAGCCGUCCAACUCUGCAGUGACCGUCGCGGACGUCCUCGAGUCUGUUCGAACUGAACUCUCGCCGCGACAUGGCGAUACGCUCGAAUCCAACCCAAUCCGCACCCUUUUGGACCAGAAUGGGGGUGCCGUCUAUCUUAAAUCACUUCCCCUUCGUUCCGUGGACGACUUUUCUCAAUUUCUCGAUGCACUGUCUGGCACCGGUAAAGCCUCGUGGUAUCCAUACGACCCGGUGGCAAUGAAUGUCUUGCGAAAGGUCAGGGCCAAGAACGUGCUGACCGUCAACGAGUACAGUUCCAUCCUUCAGUGUACUUGUGUGCCUUUGCUGAUCAUCGCCAGAGGGCCCCCUUCGCAUGUUAUUAUGUGGCACAGCGAGUUUAGCAUCUCUCCGUCCCAUCCUGCAUACGUCGUCUUUUUCUGCCUUAAGCCUGCCGAGUCUGGUGGGAAAACGGGCAUCUCGUCGUCCUUAGCUGUCUGUAACCGGCUCAGAGCUGCAUGUCCACGUUUUCUACAGGCCUGCGUCGACAAGGGCUUCUCCUACCCAGCACCUCACCAUGUGGCGGAAUCAGACAGCAUCUUUUUUGGCAACGGCCUGUAUAAGAAAACGGCCUUCGGUCCAGCAGAUGGUCAAGAUAUUUCCAGUUUUUCAGAGCAAGAAAAGCGACACAUUGUCGAGGGCAGGAUUCGUGAGCUAGCGCGGCUGGGCGGGUGGAAGGAUAGCAACAUGCAGGAUAUGGAACUGCCAGCCUGGCAGCAGAGGGGGUUCGAUUGGGUCUGGAGAAGUGAUGGAGUUGAUGUCUAUCAACGGGUGCCGGGGCUUCGCGUACACCCGACGCGCAAGACUAAUACCCUGUUCACGGCAUUGGGAUCUCGAUACAUCAACGCCAAGAACCGAAAGACAUUCGACCCUCCUCAUACUUGGAUCAAUGAAGACGGUAAAGAGAAUGUUUAUCUUCCACCGAUGUAUGCUGGCGUUCCAGAGGAUGAGCUCAUUCCUGAGAAGGAUCUUGAUACUGUCCAUGGCCUGCAGCAGGAGUUCGCCGUUGAAAUUGAUUGGGAGAUUGGUGAUGUCCUCAUUAUCGAUAACUUUGCUGUGCAACACUCUCGUCUGCCUUGGACUGGGGAUCGCAGGAUCAUGGCUAGUUUUUGGGAUCAAGAUGGGCUGAAUGCAGAAGCCGUCACUACGAUGAAUAUCGAUCCGUAG